AUGGGUUCAAUUGUAAUGGAAUCAGAAGACAUUGUUGCCUACAUGAAUGGUGACAUUCGGCAUAACGCCUUUAAAAACUUGAGCACCAUAUGUACAUUUGCCAACCGAGUUCAUUGCACCAGCGUUUUCAACGGAGCUAACCCUUUGGACUUCUCAGUUUCUCUUCUUUUGUUUCAACUUGGAAUUUCUUCUGGAACUAUCCUCCUGUUUUCUCAGCUUCUUAAGCGACUCGGCCUACCCCUCAUCGUCUCCCAAAUUUUGGGCGGUGUAGUUCUAGGUUCUUUUGGUCUAGGCCACUUGGAGAAAUUUAAAGAGAAGGUUUUCCCACUCAGAGGAUUUAUUUGUCUUGAUGUUGUUUCUGCACUUGCCCAUAUUUUUUACUUCUUCCUAAUUGGACUGCAAACAGAUAUCUCAAUUUUGAAGGAGAUUGACAUCAAAGCAUUUGGUAUUGGAUCUUGUUCUACCAUUUUUUCUGUGAUUCUUAUCAGCAUUUACUCUAUGUUCUUGUCUACUAUUGUUGACGUCAAAUAUCUCCAACACAUUUUUGAGCUUGCUAGCUUACAGUCAUUUAUCAGCUAUCCCAUGGUUGUUUCCCUUCUUUAUGAGCUUCAUUUGAUAAACUCCAAGUUUGGGAGAAUUUCUUUGUCAGCAUCCAUGGCUUCUUCUCUUCUCAAGAUAUGUCUUCCAAUACUUUCAGCUAUAAGGUCUACAAAUGGUGAGACCGAAAAUCUUGCCUCAUCAAAAGUUGUUUCUCUUGUGAUGCUUAUAUUUCUCAUCGUUUAUGUUAUUCGACCUGCCACUUUAUGGAUGGCAAAGGAAAAUCCGAUUGGACAACCAUUGAAGGAAUAUUUUGUGAUUACGUUGAUUUUGGGGGUGUUGGUGAUUGCCUUCUGCUGCCAAACCUUUGGUUUGAGAAUCUAUUUUGCUUCUUUUCUUCUUGGAUUUGUAAUACCUUCAGAGCCUCCCAUUGGAUCAACAUUGAUAGAGAGACUUGAGUUCAUCACCACUUGGAUUUUCAUGCCCAUCUUCUUUGUUAGAAUAGGUUUGGUCAUUGACAAUAUCUACACCAUCAAACUCGCAAAUUUGUUAUCAGUGUCCUUCAUUAUCUUUAUCAGUGCAUUGGGGAAGUUUUUAGGUUCCCUUAUUAUUUCUAUGUACUACAAAUUUCCUAUGAGAGAUGCCAUAUCGCUCGGCCUCAUCUUGAACAGUCAAGGGGCUUUCGAGCUUACUAUGUUUAAAGUAAUGAAGAAAGAAAAGUUGAUAGAUGACGAAGCUUUUGUUGUUGCAUCCAUAAGCAUAAUGAUCAUUCUUGCAAUUAUCACUCCGAUAAUAAGAUAUCUCCUUCGUCCUUCGAAAAGGUAUAUAGUUCACAAGAGAAGAACAGUGAUGCACUCAAGACCAGAGUUUGAUCUUUGUGUAUUAGUCUGCAUUCAUGACCAAGAAGAUGUCCCAAGUGUCAUUAACUUACUUGACGCCUUGAAUCCAACGAGACGAAGCCACCUUAUUGUAUACAUGCUUCAUCUUGUAGAGCUUCUUGGUCGUGCUCAACCAAAACUAAUACAUCACAAGCACAAGAUGGUUAGGAAUUUGAGGUCAUCCUCUUCUGAGCCUAUUAUUAAUGCCUUCAAAUACUUUGAGGAUAGCAAAAGUAACAUUAUUGCAGUUAAUCUUUUCACUGCGAUAUCACAUUCGACAACUAUGCAUGAUGAUGUUUGUUCUCUUGCACUCGACAAAAGCACUUCCUUGAUUCUUGUUCCUUUCCACAAAAGAUAUCAUUCCAAUGGUCUGGUGUCAUUUUCCAAACAUAAAUUAAAAAUAUUCAACCAUCAUAUCCUUGAAAAGGCACCAUGCUCUGUCGCCCUUAUUGUUGAACGAGGAUUUUUAAGGGUCUCCAAGUCUAUUGAAACCAAUUUGCAAUAUUUCCAAAUAGUUCUAAUCUUCAUAGGUGGCCCAGACGACCGUGAGGCAAUGUUCAUUGGGGCAAGAAUGGUUGGGCAUGUCAAUAUAAACUUGACAAUGAUUCGACUGCUGGACAACGGGAAUGUCCCAAAAGAUGAUGUUAAAGAAAGAAGGCUCGACGAUGAAGCAGUGGCUGAGUUUCGACAAAUUUUAUCAAACAACUACAGAGUGAGGUACAAAGAAGAGGUGGUGAAGGAUGGCACUAAAACAAUCUCUGUACUACGUUCGAUGGGGAGCAAUUUUGAUCUCAUAAUGGUUGGAAGACGACAUAGCCCAUUUUUAUCGCCGGUUCAAGGCUUGGUGCUUUGGAAUGAGCGCACAGAACUUGGGGCAAUUGGAGAGGUAUUGGCCACUUCAGAUUUCAUGGGGAAUGCAAUGAUCUUGGUUGUACAACAACACACAAGAGUGGCAAAUGAAGACCAAGAGAAUCCUCCAGAAACUAUUCCCAUGGAUGAAACUAAGUAG